AUGGGCAAUUGCGAGACAAGCAACACAGUUAUUGGCGAUCCACAGUUUUAAUAAAUUGGAAGUUUGGCCCAAGCAAGAAACUUUAGCACAACAUACAAAAGCGAAUAUGUUGAAGUACAUGGCAAUCUAGCUGUUGUCGAAGAACAAGAGGAGGGAGGUCUUGUUCUUCUGGACGAAGUAGCCAAGGAAUAAGACAUCUUAAAAGUGAAGAUUUGUUGUGACACAAUUUAAACAGUUAAAUUUAUAAUUAUCUUGUAGAGCAUAGGAAUUGGAAUUGUUGACUUCGAUAUUAUCAAGGAAACUGACUUUUCCGGAAACUGUAACUAUGGAUUGAAUCAUGGAAUGUGGAUUGUCUAUUCGGACAAACGUAAUCUUGCCAAAAUUAUAAUUUAGUGGUUGCUGCCUCCAAUGAUGAAGCCCUCGAUAAGAAAUCUUUUGGCAUCGAAGUGUAAAAAGGGGAAAUUAUAGAAUGUCUUAGAAAUGGGAAUGUCUUCUCAAUCAGAAAAGCUGGAGAGAACAAUAAGUCCAUAAACUUUAAGUUGCCUCCCAACAAAAAUUACAGAUUCGCAGCCUAUUUAUUCAGUGGUUGGGACAGCAAAGAAGCCAAAGUGUCAGAAGCAAGAAUUGAAACAUUAUGAA